UUUGAAGCACUCAGCAGAAACCCGAAGACUACCCGAAGAAUUAUAAAUUCCUUUGCAUUGUGUUGAUGUGGCAAGUCACAAUUAGCUUUUUGAAAGUCCUAUAUCUUGAAAGCUUUAUUUCUGAAAUGCAAAACAUUUUGGGACUGUAUCAACAGUGGACUAAUAGUUUUUGAGUGGAUUUUUCCUUUCAGAGCUGUGCCUGCCUUUGAGUGAGCCUAUGGCUGGCCCAGUCAGGAUGCAUAAACAUCAACAACUUUUCAGCAAUUUGACCUAGCUCUUGCAACAUUACUGAAUUUGCUUCUCCCAUCUGGCUCUCCAGUCACUAAGCGCUAACACAUAGGAAGGAGUGGCAUCCUGCCUCUCCAAAGGGACCUGGCUGAUUUUACCUCCAGGAGCCACGUUGCCUUCUCAGCCGUCCUGCUAUGGUUUGUCUUGUUUUAUUGGUUGGGGAGUGUUAUGAGUUGCUCAGAAAAGGGCUAUGGGUUAGAUCUCUGCAUGCUGAAGCCUAAACCAGGCCUUUCACGCCUGGCCACAUCCCCUGACUCUAUGGAGGCAUCCCACCUCGUUUCCAUGUCAUCGCCCCUUGUCUCCCCAUCCCAGUCACGGCUCAAGUACAUGUCCCUGGGUGUGCUGGUGCUGCAGACCACCUCACUGGUGCUUACCAUGAGGUACUCGCGCACACUGCAAGGCGAGGGGCCCCGCUACCUAGCCUCCUCAGCCGUGGUGUUGGCCGAACUGCUUAAGAUCCUCAUCUGCCUGCUGCUCAUCUUCUAUGACCACGACUUCAGUUUUCUUGUGUUGAAUCGGGUACUGAAGGAAGAGAUUCUCAACAAGCCCAUGGAGACGUUGAAGCUGGCCAUCCCAUCAGGCAUCUACACACUCCAGAAUAACCUUCUCUAUGUCGCCCUGUCCAAUCUGGACGCUGCUACCUACCAGGUGACGUACCAGCUGAAGAUCCUGACCACAGCCCUGUUCUCAGUAUCCAUGCUGGGGAAGAGACUGGGGCUCUACCAGUGGCUGUCCCUGCUCAUCCUCAUGACUGGUAUCGCUCUCGUUCAGUGGCCUUCAGAGUCUCUGGAUGGGCCAGCUCCGACGCCUCUGUCUGCAGGCUCCCAGUUAGUUGGUGUGAUAGCCGUACUGAUAGCCUGCUUCUCCAGUGGCUUCGCUGGAGUCUACUUUGAGAAGAUCCUCAAAGGGACCAAACAGAGUGUGUGGGUCCGCAACAUCCAGCUAGGUUUGUUUGGCCUGGUGUUUGGUCUAAUGGGAGUGUUUGUGUACGACGGAGAGCGAGUGAGGGAGUCCGGAGUGUUCCAAGGCUACAACCCACUCACCUGGACUGUUGUGGCCCUGCAGGCUCUGGGUGGGUUGGUCAUAGCAACAGUCAUUAAGUAUGCAGACAACAUCCUGAAGGGAUUUGCCACCUCACUCUCCAUCAUCCUGUCAACACUCAUAUCCUACUUCUGGUUGGUGGACUUCGACCCCACCAGUGUGUUCUUCCUAGGAGCAGUGCUGGUCAUUGCUGCCACCUUCCUGUAUGGCUAUGAGGCUCAGGCCUGCCACCUGCCACCAGCCACAGCAGAGUCUAGAUUGGAGACCCACCACCUGCCAUAGCAGAGUUUAGAUUGGAGACCUGCCACCAGCCAUAGCAGAGUUUAGAUUGGAGACCCACCACCUGCCAUAGCAGAGUUUAGAUUGGAGACCCACCACCAGCCGUAGCAGAGUCUAGAUUGGAGACUCACCACCAGCCAAAGCAGAGUCUAGAUUGGAGACCCACCACCAGAGUC